GGGCCCCAGUGAUGCCCUGCGGCGCGCCGGACGCUAGGUGGUCUGGCCAUGUUUCGCGCUCUGAGCGCCCUGGGCGCGCGGCCCAUGGGCCGGCCCCCAGCCCCGUUUCUGCUCCCCGCGCGCUGCCGCAAGACCCGCCACGACCCGCCGGCCAAGUCCAAGGUUGGGCGCGUGGCGACCCCACCCGCUGUGGAUCCUGCGGAAUUCUUCGUGCUGACGGAGCGUUACCGGCAGUACCGCCAGACGGUGCGCGCCCUCAGGCUGGAGUUCGUGUCCGAGGUGCGCAAGAAGGUGCACGAGGCCCGGACCGGUGUCUUGGCAGAGCGCAAGGCACUGGAGGACGCCGCUGAGCACCGCGAGCUGAUGGCCUGGAACCAGGCGGAGAACCAGCGGCUGCGCGAGCUGCGGAUGGCCAGGCUGCGGCAGGAGGCGCGGGAGCAGGAGCGGCGGCAGGCGGAGGAGGAGGCCCGGCAGGCCCGAGAGGCGCAGGCUUGGGUGCAGCUCAAGGAGCGUGAAGUGCUGCAGCUGCAGGUGGGCCGCAAAAAACUUCAUCACCCGAGAGAACCUGGAGGCUCGGGUGGAAGAAGCGUUGGACUCCCCCAAGAGCUACAAUUGGGCCAUCACCAGAGAGGGGCUGGUGGUCAGGCCACAGCACAAGGGCUCCUGAGGGCCCAGUAAGGACAGUGUCCACCCAGGGACCGUGGGGGUAGGGGGGUUGGGCCUGAUCUGGAAUAAAGCAGUUGUUUCUUAUGAAGGAGAA